GCGGGGCUGCAGGGAGAGGGGCUGAGUCCCUUCCACGUGUCAUCAGGCCAGUCUGGGACCUGUUGCUGUCCUGAGGACCCCUAGUCCAUACUGUUCCCUCUGCCCGGAACCCUGUGCCAUCAACCCUCAGACACCUGCGUAGGUGACCCUUCCCUUCCCCCAUCUCCGAUCCAGCACCCCCUUAUCACCAAGGCCUUCCCUGACCGGCCCUGAACUUGAGUUCAUUUGCCUUUUUGUCUGUUCACCACUCUCUGCGAAGCCAAGUAUUGUAGUACCUGGCGCUGAAUAGAUACUCACUGACUGCUGAAUGAAUGAGUAGGUUUGACAGCUCCCCUUCCUGGGCUUAGCAGAUUCAGCCAUGCAGCAGCUCAGCUCACCCACUGUAUGCUGUGAUGGAACAGUGAGUAGGGCUGCGUCCCUGUCCCUGGGAAGCUCGCAGGGUGUGGGUGUGGGCAAGACGGACGAGAAAGGCAUCUGCAGAUGCAGAGUGUGUGCAGGCAGUUUCCCGAAGAAACAGUAAGAAGAGAGAGUUGUUUAUAGACAAGCUUGCCCUGCAGAAUCCUUUCAGCCCAGCACUUAGCCCUUUGGAAGUCAAAAAGCAAAAGAUCGACGUGUACCUGGCCAAAAGUCUGGCAGAGAAGCUCUAUCUGUUCCAGUACCCUGUGCGUCCAGCCUCAAUGACCUACGAUGACAUUCCGCAUCUCUCAGCCAAGAUCAAGCCCAAGCAGCAGAAGCAGGUGGGCUGCUUGGUGCCUCCAGGUAGAGAUUGAGAUGGCCAUCGACACCCUGCAUCCCAACUACUGCCGCAGCAAAGGGGAGCAGAUCGCACUGAACGUGGACGGUGCCUGUGCUGAUGAGACCAGCACCUACUCCUCGAAGCUGAUGGACAAGCAGACCUUCUGCUCUUCCCAGACCACCAGCAACACAUCCCGCUAUGCAGCCGCACUCUACAGGCAAGGUGAGCUCCACCUGACGCCUUUACAUGGCAUCCUACAGCUGAGGCCCAGCUUCUCCUACUUGGAUAAGGCCGAUGCCAAGCAUCGAGAGAGGGAAGCAGCCAAUGAGGCUGGGGACUCCUCGCAGGAUGAGGCGGAGGAGGAUGUGAAGCAGAUCACGGUACGCUUCUCCCGGCCGGAGUCAGAGCAGGCCCGCCAGCGCCGCGUGCAGUCUUACGAGUUCCUGCAGAAGAAGCACGCGGAGGAGCCUUGGGUCCACCUGCACUACCACGGGCUGAGGCAGGACAGCCGCUCGGAGCAUGAGCGCCAGUAUCUGCUGUGCCAGGGCUCGAGUGGGGUGGAGAACACGGAGCUUGUCAAGUCACCCAGGAGGGGUUGCAGCGGGGACAGAGGCGCAGUGGCUCUGACCACCACCCCUCCCUGCAGCGAGUACCUCAUGAUGCUGAUGCCGCCCAGCCAGGAGGAGGAGAGAGACAAACCGGUGGCCCCCAGCAACGUCCUGUCCAUGGCCCAGUUGCGCACGCUGCCCCUGGCCGACCAGAUCAAGAUACUGAUGAAGAAUGUGAAGGUCAUGCCUUUUGCCAACUUGAUGAGCCUCCUGGGCCCCUCUGUGGAUUCCGUGGCUGUUCUUCGUGGCAUCCAGAAGGUGGCAAUGUUAGUCCAAGGAAACUGGGUGGUGAAGAGAGCCAGGUCUCGGAGGAGGCUGCGGGUCUCAGACCAAGAUACGAUUGUCCUGCGAAGCUGGGUACAGGGGCCCCGGCUACAUUGUGCACUGUUGUCACGAAGGACAAGGAGCCCCCUAAGAGGAUGUUGGGCCAGUGAGCUGGGAGCACGCGACAUCCUGUACCCCAAGGACUCAUCCAGCCCUCACAGCGGCGUGCCUGCCGAGGUGCUCUGCAGGGGCCGGGACUUCGUGAUGUGGAGGUUCACACAGAGCCGCUGGGCGGUACGGAGAGAGGUGGCGGCGGUGACCAAACUCUGCGCCGAGGACGUGAGGGACCUCCUGGAGCACAUGGCCCUGGUGAGGGCCAACAGAGGCUGGGAGUUCCUACUGCCUUACGAUGGGGAGUUCAUCAAGAAGCACCCGGAUGUGGUCCAGCGGCAGCACUUGCUGUGGAUGGGCAUUCAGGCUAAAUUAGAAAAAGUCUAUAAUCUUGGAAAGGAAACCAUGCCAAAGAAGCCGGAUGGACAGGCGGGGCCUGCCAGGCUGGUCUCGGGGGACCAGCGGAUCCAGGCAGCCAAGGCCAAGGCUCAGCAGAACCACACCUUCCUGGAGCGGGAGCUGCAGCAGCAGAAGGAGCAGCUCCAGGUGUCCAUGGCCCUGCCCGGUGUGCAGAUCAAGGAGGAGCCCCUGAGCGAGGAGGGAGAGGAGGAGGACGGGCAGGAAGUAGAAGAGGAGGAGCCCAUGGACACUUCGCCCAGUGAUGACCUCAGCAACAGGCUGGCCAACGGGCUGCCUGCCGGGCGGGCAGCAGGCGGGGACAGCUUCAAUGGGCACCCGCUCCCAGGUUGUGCCAGCACUCCUGUGGCCCGGGAACUGCGGGCCUUCGUGGAGGCCACCUUUCAGAGCCAGUUUGUGCUCACGCUGAGCGAACUCAAGCGCCUCUUCAACCAGCACGUGGCCAGCCUGCCCCGCGGCCACGUGCUCUUCAGUGGCAUCUCGGACCACAUGCUGCAGGACACGGUGCUGGCUGCUGGCUGCAAGCAGAUACUGGUGCCUUUUCCCCGACAGACUGCUGCUUCCCCGAACGAGCAGAAGGUGUUUGCCCUCUGGGAGUCUGGAGACAUGAGCGAUCAGCAUCGACAGGUUUUGUUUGAAAUUUUUUCCAAAAAUUACCGAGUACGCCGGAACAUGAUCCAGUCACGUUUGACUCAAGAGUGUGGAGAAGAUCUAAGCAAACAGGAGGUGGAUAAAGUGCUAAAGGACUGCUGUGUAAGCUAUGGUGGCAUGUGGUACCUUAAGGGGACAGUCCAGUCUUGACAACAGUAGCGAAUCACUAACCCAGCGAACCUGAACCCAAGGAAAGGAUGGCACAGCCUGAAGUCUGAGUCUCGACUUGCUUGAGAAGACCCCAGAGCAAGAGGAAGUGCACAGCUCAGGGCCUGUGGCACUGCAAGGUCCAGGGACAGAGGGGACCCUGCACAGCUGGGGCAAUGGCAGCUUAGGAGGCUGCUCCCAGAGAGGCUGGCUGGACCUUCUUUGCAGUACAAUUUGAAAAUUCCUGGUGUAUUUUGCUUAUCAAUUGGUUUCAUUCUCAUAAUAAAGAGUGUAUACUGAUGUGGGCAGGACGAUGAAAAUCACGGUUUAAUAUUUUCCUUUUUAAACUUCAUGCCAACAAAGUCAAAGUUAUGUUUACAAGAUGAAGAAAACCUCAAGGUUUUUAAUAUUUAAAAUGCCCAGAAGCCAAUAUUUAGUCUUAGAUUAUCUAUUUGUUAAGACUUCUGCCAAUUUCAUUAAACCAAAUUGAAUUGUUUUACUGUUGGGCUCUGUGGCCACUUCACCUUUUACAACCACCUACUUUAUGUAGCAGUCUCAACUGUUUACAUGAACCAUAGCAAAAAAUUAGAAUCAAAUCCAUCUACUCUUGAUUUGCAUAAGAGAUGCAAACGAAACCAGGUAAGUAUGGAACAGUGUACAAGUGAGGUUAUCAAACUUUGAUGUAAAAAAUUUAUAUUUUGUGUAUUUUUAAAAUAAAUGCUAAUACUAAACUGG